AUGCCACCAAAAAACCUCAAGAGAAAAGCCACUGCGACGGAUGGCACGCUAAAGAAUACAGCUUGUACUUCUCAGACGUUGGCAGAACAACUGUCGUAUCUACACCUUCCACGUCCAUUUAAGAACCCAGAAUACACGAAGAACCUGAAUCGGCGGGCUAAGAACUUGAAGAAUAUAAUGGGCCAGGAGCGUGAACGUGAACGAGCAGAGCGGGAGAAAAGACGUCUUGAAAAGGCGGAGAAAGAUGCUAUGGAGGUAGAUGGGAAAGAAGUUACCAUGGAGAGUGAGGAGAUUCCAACUUACCUCUCGAUUGAAGCACCACCUUCCGUACUCCCACACAAACACUAUUGUGAUAUCACAGGCUUAGAGGCGCCUUAUACCGACCCAGUCACCGGUCUUCGGUACCACGACAAAGAUGUGUAUGCGCUCAUCAAGGAAAUGAGUGCAAGUACAGCCAAGGAAUACUUAUCUGCUCGCGGAGUCAACUCUAUCGUCAAAUAG